UCAAUAUCGAAGAAGGAUGCUGUCGAAAUGGUAGGAACGGAAAUGAUAAAGAGGGACAAACUCCGGGGGACAAUGGAUAGCGAUGAACAAAGGCUGGGAGUAACAGAGGAAAUGCUGGGUUGGCUGUCGCGUGAGGUGGUGCGCUAUUCGAAGCUCAGUUCGUCAAGUGCUUGUGCUCCUUCAGAUGUGGGAUAUAUGCAUACAACAUAAUUCGACGUUCUCAGAAACGCAAUCUUGGAGCGUCUUGCUCGGAUCCAUGGCUCUUCUCCUGGAUAUGAUCAACGACUCUUCACGGGCGAAGGAAUCUCAGGAAUCUGUCAAAUAUGCUGCAUUGGUCAUACGAGGCGCGCAUUCCGUUCAACUUCUGCGGACUCUCAAAACGGAUACAUCUGGUGUGGAUCGACAAGGCGCCGGUCAGGGACUGAGUGAAGUUUUGUCCGGUCUCGGAAUGGAGCAUCUCGAAGGGUUACUUCCGGAUAUCAUCGCGAAUGCACAAUCUCCUACAGCUACCGUUCGAGAAGGCUUCAUGUCGUUGUUGGCGAUGACGGCCGGAAGAAUGAUCAUAACUAACUAUUCGAACAGGGCAAUCGAUCUGUUUGAUCCUGGUUGGCGCAUCCGGCAAUCAUUAUGUUCAAAGUUUCCGGCAUCUCGGGAAAAACUUGUGAUCUUGAUGAAGAAGACGUCGUCGAUGCGAGCACUGCAGAGAGCUCUCGCCGCGCUUUAUCUUGUUCGUCAAUCGUCGAUACAAAUCUGGAAAGCGUUGUGAUGAGUCUGAGCAACAGGAGUCAAGGUGACGUCGACCGAUUCGCGGACACGGGAAGGCGUCUGCUUGGUCCUGAGUGAAAUCAUGUGAGCCACCCUCGAUCCGAGAGAUAGACUGAUUUUAUUCGUUGUCCCUGUCGCUGGAAACGCGCUGAGCAAGCGGCUGACGGUCAUUACCAGUGCCUUUGUCAAAGUUAUCGAAGACGAGAAAGAUG